UUCCCUUCGUUCCGCGAACCUUAGGCGUGAUUGUUUUAAAACACACGGAGCACAAUAGAAAAUAUAUAACGUUAAUAAUAAUGACCGAAAUCAGAGACAUGUCCAUAACGAGAUGAGUGCGAGUGUUUAGUUUAGUGCUUUCGCUCGUGCAGCCGAUGGAGAUUAAUAUCCAGAUUAAUAUCAUAAACCUGUGUUUUGUGUGAUUAUGCGUGUCUCUUCACUAACAGUUCAGUCACUGCAGAUCAAUGGAGUGCAUUGAAACAGUCUGUCUGAAACAAAAGAUGCUACAGGGCCAGCUACUUUAGCUUAACACUGAUGUAAACAAUAACGCCGACGUCUUUACGCGAUGAAGAACUGUGAUUUAUUCUAAUUAUAAACAUAUAGUCGAGGUUAAACGUUUGUGCACACACAUUUCAGAAUUUGCUAAAUGUUAAUAACAAAAACGAGAGGGAUCAUAACAUUUGUGCUCAAUAAUAUAAUUAAAAAUUAAAGAAAAUGUAUGCUCAAUUCUCAGUACUGUGUGUUGUUAUUGAUCCACGGCUGUUUUGAUCUUUUAUUGUAGUUGCUCAUGAGUCUCUUGUUUGUCCUGGGCUGUUUCUCAGCGGCAUUGGUGGCAAUGGCUAUAAGAUCUGCAGGCUUUCGAUGCUUUUGGAAAAUCAGCCUUGAGCAGUUAAACAGCCCACUGUUCAUGAAUACUGUAUUCUCCAGGUGCUGCAUAUUGUAUGGAUUUCAGCGUCUUCUGUACAUUGAAGGUCUUCCCAGCAGCGACUGUAUGGUUUUGAGAUCUAGAGCUGCAAGGAGUCAUUGAUGCUCAAGAGCUAGGGUACACUUUAGUGAAGUCAUGGAUGUGGAUGUGGUGAGUUUUCGUUUGCCUGGGCACGGAGACACCGCCCUGAGUAACAUGAACUUCCUGCGGACGCAGCAGCACUUCUGUGAUGUCACCAUUGUGGCGGGAGGCCGGCGCAUGUUCAGGGGUCACAAGGUCGUGCUGGCCGCUUGCUCUGUUUUUCUCAGGGACCAGUUUCUCAUGAACCCCUCAUCGGAGCUACAGGUGUCAAUGUUGCACAGCUCAGCGGUGGUAUGUGAGCUCCUCCAGUCCUGUUAUACAGGGAUGCUGCAGUUCAGUGCCAAAGAGAUUGUCAACUACCUGACUGCAGCCAGCUACCUGCAGAUGGAGCAUGUGGUGGAGAAGUGCAGAGGAGCCCUGAGCCAGUACAUGCAGCCCCGGAGCUGCAGCCCACUUGUGAACAUCUCAACCUCAAACAAGUCUAUUCAGACUAUGAAAUCGGAAGACUAUUCGUCUAUGCCAGUGAUUGUCAGUGUCAGAGGAUCAGAUGCAUCUGGUCAAUUCGAGGAAGGGGACGGGCCUGAGGAUGACAUAAUUCAGGUGCAGAUCUAUGAUGAACAUCAGGACCAAGAGAAGCUCUCUGGUGCUGAGGAGGAAGACAGAGAAGCUGUUGUUGUGUUGGAUGACCACAGUCAGCUGGACGCAGGAAUAGAGGAGGCCAAUAUGGAUGGUCGAGCCAAAGGAAACGGCAUCAGAGGGACGGGUCGCAUGUGGAGACGACGGCACGGAGAGCACAGGGGAAGAGGCUUUAAACACCGGAAACGAUACGUAUUCAAAGACCGCAAGCUUAUGGGUAACUAUCAGGAUUAUCAGGAGCACCUUCCAACACAAGAUGAGACAAUGGGUAAUUUUGGAGAAGACUUUCAGGCAGAUUUUAAGUCCAAUCAGAAUCUCACAGAUCGUUCUGUCUUUGCUGAGUACAGGCCUGGAGAGGGACAAGGAGAAGAGAUUGGCUCCGAUGGAGGUCCUGCACACUUUGGUGUGGGAGCUUCCAGCGGGGAAGAUGGAAUGGGAGUCGGGACACAUACAAAUGAACACGGAGCUGCUGACGAGUCCGUGGCGGUGGUGGGAUCCACGUCCUGCGUAGCGGGACCAGUAGUGUGCGAGCAGUGCGGACUAGCCCUUUGCUCAUUGCAGGACUUAGCCAUGCAUUCCCUGUCAACACACCGGCUGUAUGUGUGUCCGUGCUGCGGGAAGCACUUCAGUCACUUUAAUAUCCUCAACCGUCACAUGAUCGUCCACCGCGGAGUAUCCAAGCUCCACUGCUGCCCCCUGUGCCACAAGACCUUCACUCAGAAGUCAACACUAUAUGACCACAUAAAUGUGCACAGUGGGGAGCGGCCAUAUGUAUGUGCAUACUGCCAAGUCAGCUUUGCCCACAGGUCUGCUCUGCGUCGUCACCUGAUGGAGCAACACGGAAAAACCAUGCCCCAAAACCACAUGGAGAUGCAGCAAAACAAUGACGGUGGUGUUGGGCUAGGGUUUAAAUCACAUCUGAAUAGGUAAAGUAGGUGUUAUAAUGAAAAUUAUCCUUUUUUUCAUUAUAUACGUUUAUAUUUGUAUUUUGCACAGCCAUGAAAAUGUCUUUGAAAUGGAUAAUUACUAUGCAUUUGAACUCUACAGCCUGGAGUGAAUGAAUGACUGAUUAUACAGUUAAAUAGCUUGCCUAAAAAGUUUAUUCUGUCGUGAUUUGUCCACCCUAAUGUUAUGAUAAAACCUUUGACUUUCUCCUCUGACUUCUCUGAACACAGAAUAAUAUAAUUUAACUGUUUUUGUCCAAACAAUAAAAAAAUAGAGUCCAAACUAUAGUGGCUCUACUGCUAUGUAUAAAGGUACCUGUUGAGAAUUACUGCAUGCUACACCUCUGUCAGUGCCUUCGGUCCAGCUGUGGUUUUUCAUAGAUAUUUUGCCCCAUUAAAGGGAUAG